AUGCUGGCGCACCCGGAGGUGGAGUGGAUGUGGUGGCUGGACGCCGGCACGCUCGUCACCGACAUGGGGUUCGAGCUCCCGCUGGUGCGCUACGAGGGCGCGCACCUCGUGGUGCGCGGCGACUCGUACCUCCUCUUCCAGCGCCGGUCCUGGGACGCCGCCAGCACCGCCAGCUUCCUGCUCCGCAACUGCCAGUGGUCGCUGGACCUGCUCGACGCCUGGGCCGUCAUGGCGCCCAGGGGCCGCGCCCGCGACGACGCCGGGAGGCUGCUCACCGCGACGCUGGCGGAGCGGCCGCCGGGCGAGGCCGACGACCAGUCCGCGCUCGUCCACCUGCUCAUCACUGAGAAGGAGCGGUGGAUGGACAGGGUGUACCUAGAGAACCAGUACUACCUGCACGGCGUCUGGACGGGACUGGUCGGCAAGUUCGAGGAGGCCAUGGAGAAGCACCACCCGGGGUACGGCGACGACCGCUGGCCGUUCGUCACGCACUUCGCCGGCUGCAAACCUUGCGACGGAAGGCACACCAGGUCCACGUCCGCUUCCGCGUCCGGCGAUGGUGGCGGCGGCAAGAAUCGUAGUGAUGAGUACCCGCUGGACCGGUGCAUCAGCGGCAUGGAGCGCGCCUUCAACUUCGCCGACAACCAGGUGCUCAGGCUCUACGGCUUCUGGCGCGAGUCGCUGGCGAGCGACGAGGUCAGGCGGGUGGCCAACCGGUCGGCGAACCCGCUGGAGGCCAAGGAGGAGGCUCUCGCUUUCUUGAAGAAACCCAAUGAGCCGGAUCCAUGGAUUAGUGAUGUGCGCAAGAAUCGGAAGCCCAAAGGAAAGGAAGAUUCUGUUCUUGCAAGAAUCCUGAGGAGACUGGGAUGGCGAUCCAAGUUUUGA